AUGCUCCCGGACGGGUGCGUCCGAGACUGCAGCAGCCGCGCCGCGGAGGAGCGUGCCGAGCAGCUGGCCAAAUUCCAGCUGUUCGGGGCCGUGUUCCUCGCCUUCAUCUACGUGCUUGGGUGCUACACCGUUGCCGCGGCGAGGUACGGGCACCUGGACCUGGCGGCGGUGCAUGACAAGCAUGUCUCUGCCUUGGAGUUGGACUCCCGUGGCGGCGGUGGCCACUGCGUUGAGGAGUGCCUCUAA